GCCGCCGGCGUCCGGUUUCCCGGCAUACCCCGCGGCCGCUGAAGGUGAAGUGGUAGUCAUGGCGCUCUCGGUGCCGGCUGCCUACCUGACCCACCAGCAGAAGGUGCUGCGGCUUUAUAAGCGGGCGCUGCGCCACCUGGAGUCGUGGUGCAUCCACAGGGACAAGUACCGGUACUUUGCUUGUUUGAUGAGAGCUCGGUUUGAUGAACAUAAGGAUGAAAAGGACAUGGUGAAGGCCACCCAGCUGCUGAGGGAGGCAGAGGAAGAGUUCUGGCACUGUCAGCAUCCUCAGCCAUACAUCUUCCCUGAGUCUCCUGGGGGUACCUCCUAUGAGAGAUACGAGUGUUACAAGGUUCCCGAGUGGUGCUUAGAUAACUGGCAUCCUUCCGAGAAGGCAAUGUAUCCUGAUUACUUUGCCAAGAGAGAGCAGUGGAAGAAACUGCGGAGAGAAAGCUGGGAGCGAGAGGUUAAGCAGCUGCAGGAGGAAACCCCGCUUGGUGGUCCCAGAACUGAAGCUUUGCCCCCAGCCCGAAAGGAAGGUGAUUUGCCCCCACUGUGGUGGCAUGUUGUGACCAGGCCCCGGGAGCAGCCCAUGUAGAGAAAGAGAGGAAGAUGCCUCACCAGUCACGCUCGCAAGUGAAAUAAGUUACAGGACAUACACUUGCCCUAAUAAAAUAACUCCAUAUGGUUAUGACUGACGUGUUCUUCUGAAGAGUAACAUGAUGCCAGGUGACUGGGCCACUGUCGUUUUCUUAGCAGUUGUGCAUAUAAAGAAAAGUACCUGAAACGUAGUCAGAUGUAUUCUGUUCUUCCCCAUUAAGUCAUAUUGAUAACACAUGCAAUCGAGGGAAAACUGCAGCAGAACCAGAUACAAGGUUUACUCUGAAGAUUUAGUUGAACAAACUUGAGUUGAAGGCUUAAACUAGCUAUGGUGACUGGAGGGCAUAAGAAGCCAAGAAGAGGCACGCCAGUACUGAGGACAUAAGAUACCUUUUCUGUUUUCUAGAUCCCACUAAUGGAAUUUUAGCUCUGAUUAAAGGACUACUCUAAGCAGCACGCAUUCAGCAAAUAAGCAUGGAGUUCACGGGGUUCUCAGGAGUGGAGUUUGAUGGCAUCCAAUGUAGAUGACACUUUGGUGACACUUAUUUUGGAGGCAGUUUUCCAGCUUUGCUCCCUCUACCGUAGCUUGGAUUGUCUGCAGACACAAAGAUUGGAAUGGAUCAAGACAAACUAGGUCUAUUAAUUAGACAGUUCGUUCCCCACUGGCAGCAUUUCUUGUGAGCCUAAGAGAGCCUAAGUGAAGCGCGGGGCUGAGCGGUCGUUUGUCGUGGUCUUCUUCAGUUUCACGCCCCUGCGGAUGGCGUUCAGCAUGUCUUCUCCUUGCGGGGCAUCCCUUGGGCUCAGGUCUGCAGGGUCACUCUCUGGAAUCUGGCCUGGGGAGGCAGUGGCACUUGGGGGAUCCCUUUCCUGGUCUUCGGCCUCGCUUUCUGGAAUUGCUUGUCUGUGCUCCUCGGGGAUGCUCGGCUUCGGGCCUGGAAGAGGAGGGUUGACGGAGGCUUGGCCGCUCCACAUUGAGGAGGGCAUGCUGGUGCCACCCUGGGGGCCCUCACCCACGGACGGCGACUCGGGGCUGUGCUCACCCCGCUCCUCGGGCCCAUCUGGAGGGGCUGACAACACCCCAGGGAGGUCUGGGACGGUAGGGGUCUUGACAGGGAUCACAGGUGUUUUGAUGGGGAUGGGACCAGCUCCUAUGGUCCCCCGGCGGACAGAAGGCUUGGUAGAAGGGGUCCGUCGGAUGGUUGCAACCCCUGGGGUGACCAUAGCAGGUCCGAGGGUGGUGGGGAGGCCAGCAGUUGAGGCUGGGCGCUUCGCUUGGAACAUCCGUCGGUAGGACUGGCUGAUGUCGCUGUUUCUCGGAAUGGUGGAGGAUUUGUCGAACUCCUGCUGAUCUGCCUCCUGGUCACCACUUACAGAGAAAUAAUCGUAAUCUGAAACUGAUCAUAGGAUCCGAUUAGAAAUCGCCGAGGCAGUGGCUGUGCUCUUUGAUUCUUUUGUGUUGGGCGGACAAAGGGCCCCAGAGGCCAGGUACUUCACCCGCAAUCUCAUCCCAAGCCUUCCGGGGUUUCCGGGCCAGGCUUAGCAGCCCUCACCAUCUAAGAACUCCCUGACAGGGACCGUCGUUUCGUUCACCAAGGGAACGCUCAGCACCAAGAGCAGCGCUGGACACAGCAGGCCCGCACUCAAACACCGCUGAGCGGUGAAGAAUGCAAAACUGCCAGGCCGCAGCGAGGCUACCUCUGAGCACCUCUGGGAGGAAUAAAGGGGGUGGCAAGAGGAAAUAACCUCUACAAGCCCUCCAGCCCGGAAUUUGACUUGAGAGACAAGCCCCACACGGACCAUCACAGACCUCACUACCUCCCUCAUGAUCAACUCGUUAGGCGAGGGCUAGAAAAGCAAUGGAGCUACUGGUAACGAGUCUCCGAAAACAAGGCAGAGACAGGUUCCAUCGGUGAGGGGUGCUCACUUUCUCUCCAAAAAUGGGGUCACGUGGGAGGGGGAAGCAUACAGACUGAACAUCAUAGAGCUCGUUUCUGAAGAGCAGCGCUCUGACGUUCGGGUAAGUUCUGUGUGGUGGGGUGAAGCUGUGUGCUGUAUGAGGGGGUGGUCAGCAGCAUCCCUGGCCAUCUACCAGAUGCCAGCAGCACGCCCUCCAGUUGUGACCAUUAAAAAUGUCUCUAGCCGUUGCCAAAUGUCCCCUGGGCAGCAAAGUGGCCCUCCACCGAGACCCACUGUCCUAGAGACUUGGACUGAAGGACUGCUGACAGGCUUGGUCAGCUCUCAUAGACCUUUCCUAGCGGCUGGCCUGCCAUCUUGCUGGCUUGUGUGUGUGUGUGCUGGGGAGGGCGGUGAGGGAGGCAAGUUCAUAGAGAAUUUGGCUGGAGUUUGGGCUUCAGACUCUAACAGACCUUCGACUCAAAUUCCAGCUCUGCUGCUUAUUGUGUGAACUUGGGCCUCAGUCUCCAUGUAUGUAAAAUGGGGAUAAACAGACUUGUGACAUAAACGAUUGUGAAGAAUUAAUGGGAAAAUAAAGGAAGUGCUUGGUACAAAGUGCCAAACACAAAUGAUGU